AUGGCUCCAUACAGUUUACAGAGCGUCGAAGAAGGGGUGGAGAAAUUGAGAAAUGGCACACUGGAUAUUUUGAUAGCGGACACUCCGAUUUUAGAUUAUUAUCGGGCAACCGAUCACGGCUGCAAAUUACAGAAGAUCGGAGAAACAAUCAACGAGGAUACGUAUGCCAUCGGAAUGACAAAGGGAUUCCCUCUUAAGGUGGAUUCAUUCACACAAGUAGGUCUGAACAUAACUGCUAUCGCAGUGGCUAUCUACGAGUGGCUGAGUCCUUUCGGCCUGAAUCCCUGGGGAAGGCAACGAUCCAAGAAUUUCAGCAUGAGUUCGGCUCUCUGGGUGAUGUGGGGAUUGUUGUGCGGCCAUCUUGUCGCAUUCAAGGCCCCCAAGAGUUGGCCGAAUAAGUUUUUAAUCAACGUUUGGGGAGGGUUCUCAGUCAUAUUCGUCGCCAGCUACACCGCUAAUAUUGCAGCUCUGAUUGCGGGGCUGUUCUUCCACCUUACCGUCAGCAAUUAUCACGACAGGAGCUUACUGAGUCAGAAAGUGGGAGCUCCUCGAUCGUCAGCAGCAGAGUUUUACGUACAAAAAGCAAAUCAGUACCUGUGGCAACACAUGGCCCCAUACAGUUUACAGAGCGUCGAAGAAGGGGUGGAGAAAUUGAGAAAUGGCACACUGGAUAUUUUGAUAGCAGACACUCCGAUUUUAGAUUAUUAUCGGGCAACCGAUCACGGCUGCAAAUUACAGAAGAUCGGAGAAACAAUCAACGAGGAUACGUAUGCCAUCGGAAUGACAAAGGGGUUCCCUCUUAAGGACAGCGUGUCAGCCGUAAUAGCCAAAUACUCCAGUAAUGGUUACAUGGACAUCUUACAAGAAAAAUGGUAUGGAGGUUUGCCCUGCUUCAAAUUGGCUAAUGAUAUUGCUCAACCAAGACCGUUAGGUGUGAAAGGGGUUGGCGGAGUCUUCUAG